AAAACCGUAUGCAUUGACAGUUGGAACCAAGGUUUGUCUAUUUUCUUGAAAUGGAGCUCGAAGGCUGUUCAGAUCGUCUUCUUGUUUCAAAUUGCUUAAACGAUAACGCUAUCGACAAUCGAAAAGCUUUUUUAUUCUCUGAUUGUACAUUCAACAUUUCACAAGUGGCUCAAUUGAAUCUUGAUUCUUUUGACUUAUCAUUGCACAAAUAUGAAUCGCUUGUUUUGAGAAUAAUUGCCGGCCAUCAAGCGGAAAUCGAAAAGUUGCAAAAACAAUUGGCGGAGGCUGAAGCCAAGACGAACGGCUGCUUUCCAAUCGGUCGAAUUUUGAAAAGGAUUUUUAAUUUUUGAUGACUCAUAGGGAAACCAUAUUCCUUUCGUUCCUAUCUCAUGAGCCCCAAUAUUAACACAAUUUGAUUUAGAUGUAUGGUAUAUAUAACGCACUUUUGUUUCUAUGGUAUAUCUCGUUCAUGUCAAUCCAACAGUUCCUUGCACCACAUUCCUCAGUAUUCUAUCCCUAUUUCUAGAUUUUUCUGAUAUCAUCCAGAAUAAAUGUUAAUCUGCG